AUGAACUCCCAGUUCAAAAUCAUCGGGCACACUAUUCCCUGCUCUUCCAUUUGUGAAGACUACCACGCAGUUAAGACAGACAGACCAUUGCAAUUAGCAAUCAGGCAAUACAUCUCACUCAACAACACCAAUCUCAGUCAGAAUGAAAUAUCGAUCAUAGCAGGACAUGCGAAUGGUAUUCCCAAGACUUAUGAGCCUCUUUGGGAUGAGCUGAUGAUAAGCUUCGAGGGGAAAAUCAAGGCUAUCUGGUUCGCGGACUGCUCCAACCAAGGCGCCAGUGUAGUGUUGAACGAAGAUAACCUUGGAGAUGAUCCGAACUGGUUUGACCACUUUCGAGAUCUGCUGGGCACGGUGAACCGUUUCAGUGAUCAGAUCCAGCCUCCAGUCGUGGGAGUAGCACAUAGUUUCAGCUGCUCGCAAUUUGUUCAUCUGUCUAUAAUGCACCCCCGACUCUUGCAUUCUCUCAUCUUUCUCGAGCCCAUGAUU